AUGGCAUCAAUGGAACUGGUCAAUGGUACACAUGAAGUACAAGAGAAUGUCUUGAAGGUUAAGAAAAGAUCGACAAAGAGCUGGUGCCAAUAUGAAACUGCAUUGUUAAUAAAGACAAUUACAUUAAAACAAGAUGUAGAAAAUGACACCAAAACACAACUGAGCGACUCAACAGUCAGUGAACUAUACAAUAUAGAAUUCCAGAAUUUUAAGAAGUCCUUCGAUUGUUAUGUAAAGAUUGUAGUUCUCGCUCACAAUGAACAGAAACCAAGCUAUGAUGAUUUACAGGAAUUUGUUUCUGAUGUUAUGUCGGAGUUUUCUAACAUGAGAGACUUUGACGCGUUACAUUUCUUCAUAUGUCAGAGAUGUUUGAAGACAAUUUACGAUGUUCUAAAAGAGGAAGAUAAUCUGAAGUUUUUCACAUUACUCUUAGAUCUUAACUAUGCGGAUAUUACAUGGAGAUGUUUAAAAGAUGAAAAUCUUCUUGAUACAACAGCACCAGGUUUUACUUUGUCUUUAAUUCGUGAUAUGAUGAAUCUGUUGAUGGUCGGUAGUAAUAAAAGUGCAGAGUUUGCUUUGAUUUUGGCCGAGAAGGACGCUGUAAAGACAUUUACAGAUUUCCUCAUCUAUCAUAAAAACGUGCAGAACUCCCAAUCUAAUUUCAUCAUUGGUCGAGUUGUUGCCGUUUUAUAUACCAUUGCCAGAAGGAAGGGAGCGAAGAAAUUUUUCUCAGUAAACAACACAUACAAUGUAAUUCAAAACAUGGAGUUUAAAGAAGAAGACACAUCAAUGAUUGCAACAUUUCUGCGAGUGCUUAUAGAAGACGAUUCUACCACAGACACGGAGGCAGAAACUACGGCUGUUCAUUUGCUUCCACUGUAUGAACUACUAACAGGUGGUCUAUCAGAUGAUGAUGAUCCUGAUGACCUAAUAUUUACGACGCAAUGUUUGAGAGGAUUAUGUAGGAAUAAAGAAGGAAGUGAGAUUAUCAUCACAGACAAAGACUUAAAUGGCAAUUUACAACGUUUAAUAAACAGCCAUAAUGAGGAUCUUUCUGCUAACGUACAUUCGAUACUUUGGACAGCUGGACGUACAACAGGAAUAUUGCCAUCUACAACAGAUAUCGUGCUGUCUGAUGAGUUCCCAAAGAGAUUUGAAAUUAAACCAACGCCGUUAGGUCAAGGAGGUUUUGGUAGCGUCCAUCUUGUUGUCGAUAUAGACCAACCAGAUGAUGAAACAUUUGUUCCCAAGAAAACACACGCAGACCCAAAUAACCAAAAGAAGUGGAUGGAGAGCUUACAAUCAGAGGCUUCGAUAUUAAUUAAACUGAAACACAAAAAUAUCGUCCAGUUUCAUGGGUAUCUCAAGAAAGAAAAUGAUGUUAUCUUAUUUCUGGAGUACAUAAAAAUGGGCACUCUCUCAACGUUCAUCAAACAACACACAAGACUCAAUGAAGGUUUGACCAGACAGUUUACAAUUCAAAUUCUGGAAGGCGUGAAGUACUUACAUGAAACCAACAUCUUGCAUUUGGACAUCAAAGGUACCAAUAUUCUAAUGGUGGAUGAAUCAAACAUUAAGCUAACAGACUUUGGCCUGUCGACAAUACUUAACGAGGAAGGUGUUGAAGCAGAAAGGGGCACAACUCGAUAUAUGGCUCCUGAGAUGAUUAACUGCCCUGAAGGGAGAAUAUUUAAACAUUGUUGUAGCUUGGACAUUUGGAGUGUGGGAAGUACAGUUGUAGAGAUGAUAACUGGAUCACCACCUAACUCAACAACGGCAUCAGUCAAUGUACUGUUUAAAAUCGCUAUGCUGCAGAAACCAAAGUAUGAGCUGUCAAUCACAGCGUCAAAAAACCUGAGAGAUUUUUUAGAAAAGACAUUUACUUCUGAGGCAGAACAAAGGCCAUCAGCAGAAGAUUUAUUGAGAGAAGACCCGUUUAUAACAGGCAGUUUAUAAAUGUUGACUCCAUUGAACAACAUAUGUGUAUUACUACAAACACUUAUUACCAGGGGUUUAAAAAAAAAUAAAAGCUUGUGUAGUUCGUGGAUAUGAAAAGUCUUAAAGAUAUAAAAUAAAUCUUUUGAUAAUCCUUAAACAAGAUAAAAUUGUUAAAUGUGUGUAGUAAAAGCAAAUUCGUAUUUAAAAUUAUCCAUUCAAAAUAUAAAUUAAUAACUAUCCAUUUUUCAAAUAUAUCUCUUCAUAAAAAUAUCUAUAGUAAACAUCCUUGUGAAAUUAUGUUAACCACAUUUUGCAACUAAAAUAGCAAAUAAAACAGUAUUUCUGCGAAUGUAUACAUUAACAUCAAAACAAUCACUUCAUGUUGAAAACUAGUAUCAAAAGUUUCAAUUUACACCACUGUGUUUUUCAAUCCUAAUAAAAUAUACUUUUAGCUACAAAAGCAUUUUUUUUUUCGCAUCUUAAGAAUGUUUAAGAGCUAGGACAAUCACAUACUAUAAAUUUCACUCUUUUAGUAGAUGAUUAAAGAAAAAAAAAUACAUUUAUAUAUAUUUAUUUUCUAGAACUAUGUUUUUAAGUAAACGUUUUAGAAAGGAUCCGAUCUUUAGCUUUAUUUUGUAAAAUAUAGUCAUUUUAUUUUACAAAAAAAAAAAUAUUGUAGCACAUAUGUGUUGGUUUUAGAUGUUUUUUGUUAAUUGAAACAAAACCAUCAAAAUAUAAGUAGUAACAAACAAAUCAGUUUAGUAUUCUUAACAUAAUGUUUGAUGCUAUUUGCCAAUUUAUGGGACGACAUUUUCGAAUAUGAAUAUGAUCGCUUACCAGAAUUUUACGAUUUCCAACCACUGGCUUGAUUCCAGCCAGCCGUGACUCAUCAUAGAAAACGUAUUGGUGAAUGGACAUAGUGCUAAAAACUUCAUCUUUUUUUAUGCCAAUGUCACAGAAACUGCCACACGGUAUUUCAAUUAAGAAAGGAUAAAUUCACAUUUCUUAAUAUAAAUAUCUUUUUUUUUGUUACGUACUUUUUAAUGCACUUAAUAAUUACUUAUCAAUAUAGUAAUAUACUAAAGCAAUCCAACUACUUUGCAACUAUGUAAAUCAAAUAUAGUUAAGAUUAUAAAAAAAAAAUUUAUAUGAUAAUUUUAUACUACUACUUUUAUAUUAUGUAUCAUCACAGCUUGAUGUUAUAUAUUAAAACACAUGUUGUUUAGGUCUUGCUUAGAUGCUUGAAUGUGCUCCAUAAAAUAUAUUAUUUCAGACGUUUUUGUAAUACUUUUAUUAUCAAUAUU